AAUGUUCUGCUAGUCAGACGGUGGCAAAGUCCUGCUCUGUCCACAGAGCAAAAAGCCAAAAUCAGUAUAUAUUUUCUUAAAUCUGUUCUGUGUAGCUGAAUCCCACUGUUCUGCUUCAUACAUUUUGGAUUCCUAUCCUAUCAGAAAGGAAGAAAACUAGACGUCUACAAGAAUUAACAUCAUAAAAGGGCUGAUUGGAAUUUUUCUUUCCUAAUGCUUGGCUGAGGUUCCUGGAUACAUCUAGUGCACCAUGAGCAAGACUGCUCUGCAGGUUUGUGCCUUGAUCCUUUCACUGGCUGGAAUGACCAGUGUCCUUGUCUCCACCGUAUCCAGUAAAUGGAAAACAUCCAGCAGCACCGGCUCCAUUAUAACCUCCACCAGUACGUUUGAAGGGCUUUGGAUGACCUGCGUAACCAACGCAAUGGGAUCGGUGCAAUGCAAGAAGUUUUCCUCUAUCUUCAGCCUGACCACUUACGUCCAGGUAUGUCGAGCAUUAAUGAUCAUUUCCAUCAUACUGGGCCUCAUCUCUUGUGUGGUCUCCAUGUUUGGACUGAAAUGCACCAAGUUUGGGAGCAGCAAUGAAUACACAAAAGGCAAGAUUGCACUGGGAGGCGGAUUGCUCUUCAUUUUAGCAGGUCUUUGCUGCUUAAUAGCUGUUUCGUGGUAUGCAGCCAUGGUCACUGCACAGUUUUUUGAUCCUCUCUAUGGUGGAACAAAGUAUGAACUUGGAUCCGCACUCUACAUCGGAUGGGCUGGAUCUUUGCUAGCUAUUCUCGGUGGCUCCUUCUUGUGCUGUUCAUUUAAGAAAAAGAAAAAAAACAGGCCAGGUGGCUACAAGUACAAUCAAUCGGCAGCUCCUGAUAACGAUUUUAAGCAGUUCAAAGAGAGGAAGGAAAGUUCAAUGGCUUCCAGAGCUUACGUCUGAACGCGUCUAAGGAUUUGUGUUAAACACAGCACAUUUAUUCAAUGGAUUUUUAUUUAGAUUUUUUUUUAAAGUGGAUUUAUUUCUUACUUUGGUAAAAUAGUAGAACAUGACUGACUAAAUAUUGCUUGCAUUUUGCUCAUAGCCUCUGUAUGUGUAAAUCAAUAAACUAUACUGGCAAGUAUUAGUA